AUGAAGCGGGAGGUCGACGCGCAACCAUGCUCUAGUCAGGGCAUGUCUCUGGGUACUAUACGGCAUCGUCUCGGUUCUCCCCGUGCGGCGGCACAUCGACGACGUCCGUACAUGAUACCUGGGAGGGAACCACCGGCCCGGGAGCCGCCUAUCGUCCAAGAACUGAUGCAGAGGAUGGAACAUUUGCGAUCAGUCAUGAAUAACGUUAUCCGAACCAUACUCGUGCAAACAGGAGGCAUCCCAGACGACGCAUCGACGGUGAAAGCGCACCAGGCUGCGAUCUCAAACCCCAAUGACAUACUUGGAGGUAAUCUAGCACAUCGUAAUACAAUGACCACCGCUGCUGGUCGACCAAGUGUUAUGCAGGGUGGUGGAGCCUCAUCCCAGCAACCCCGACCACAGUCGACCAGUCCCACUCCAAGUUUUGGAACACAUCCUGCAGUUGGCGAUCCUUCGUCGGAAGAUCAGCGAAGAUUUACUGGUCCUGUCGCACGUCAACUAUCCCCAUUUAUUGUUCCCAAUAUCGCUCCCUCCACUCAACUGAUCCCCCAAUCCUCAUCCCAGACUUAA